GUCGCUUCCGGCUGAUGCCUGACUUUGACCCGAAUCUGGUCAUCAUCCGCGUGUUCCCCGGCCCCUUCACCACGCUGCGAAACACGCUGCAGCCGCCGCUCAAGGGCGCGAUCCUCCAGACCUUCGGCGCGGGCAACGCACCCGACCGAGACGCCGACUUUCUCGACGCGCUGCGCUAGGCGAGCAACCGCGGCCUGGUCAUCGUCAACGUGACGCAGUGCAGCGCCGGCUCGGUCGAGCCCGCGUAUGCGACCGGCCAGUCGCUCGCCGCGGCGGGCGUGGUUGCGGGCGGCGACAUGACUCCGGAGGCUGCGCUGGUCAAGCUCGGCUGGCUGCUUGGGUGCGGCCUCGCGCCCGAGGAGGUGCGGAGGAUGAUGGGGACGGACCUGCGUGGCGAGGUGACCAACCGGCAGGCGCAGCGCUUCUCCCUCAGCGACGGCGGCUUCCUCCGCCGCGUCUUCUCCGCGGCCUCCCUCGAGAGCGUCGCGCAGGCGGACCCGUCCGCCGCCGCGCCGCCACCCUCCUCCCUGGCAGAGGGCGAGGCGCGGCUGCAAGAGACGUCACCGCUCGAUGGCCUGCUGGCCGAGGGCGGCAAGGAGGCGCUCCGGGACGGGCUCUCUCGAGCGGCGAGUGCGCCGCACAGCCUUGACGGUGGACUUGCAGACUACUCUGGGCUGCCGGCGCUGCGGCGGGCGCUCGUGCCGACGCUUCUGUGCGCGGCGGCGGGCAACGGCGACAUGCAGGCGAUGCUCGCCCUCGUGGCGGACGGCGCCGUGUUGCGCACGUCGCGCGACUACGACGGCCGCACGCCGCUGCACCUCGCGUCUUCAGAGGGGCGAGACGCCGUCGUCGCCUACCUGCUGCAGCCCGAGCACGGCAUCCCGCUCUCGGCGCUCGACCGGCACGACGACGCGCGGCGGGUGCCACUGAUGAAUGAAGUAACGGCGACGCACAGGGGCGGGCACGACAACACGCCGCUCGCCGACGCGUGCAAGUUCCGCCACCGGCGGGCCGUCGCCCUCCUCGUCGCCGCGGGCGCGCGGUUGGGGCUCCGCCCGCUGAGGCUGGCCGCCGUGGACGGCGACGUGCGCGCGACGGCGAACGCGCUGCUGCCGGCGGGCGCCAAGCUGAGGUGA